AUGGCGGAAAUAGAAGUGGAAGAGAAGCAAUUGAUGACGAAUAUAGCUAAAAUCAUAGACGAAAUUCGAACAUCGUUUGCCACUCACAACCGUAAGCUCAAAGAACUCCGAGCCGUCAGAUCAAAAUGUCCAUCCGCGGCCCAAUUCUUCUCCGCCUUCUCCAAAACCCUAAUUCCCCUUUUCGGGGCCCAGCGACGUACCGCCUUGGCUGAGCGCGUGGUUAGGUUUGUUUCGGCCUUCGCCGUAAACAAUAAUGACGGAUUUUUGGAGGACUUCUUCAAGUUCCUUUUGGUUGGCGCCGUGGCUGCCAACAAAACGGCUAGAUUUCGAGCUUGCCAGAUAAUUUCUGAGAUCAUAAUGCGAUUGCCUGAUGAUACUGAAGUCAGUGAUGAGGUCUUGGACGAGGUGAUAGAAUGCAUGAAAGUAAGGGUGGGGGACAAGGUUCCUGUAAUUCGUACAUUUGCAAUUAGGUCUCUUUCACGGUUUGUAAAUGAUUCGGACAACAGUGACAUUCUUUAUUUAUUCCUUGAGCUGCUUCCCCUUGAACAGAAUGCGGAGGUGAGAAAGGCAAUUGUGUUAUCAUUGCCUCCUUCAAAUGCAACUUCAAAAGCAAUUGUCAGUUGUACCCUGGAUGUUAGCGAGUCAGUGCGCAAAGCAGCAUAUCUUGUACUAGCUAAUAAAUUUCCUCUUCAAAGCCUCAGCAUCAAGCUUAGAGCACUGAUUCUUCAGAGAGGACUUGCUGAUCGUUAAGCUGUUUCAAAGGAGUGUCUGAAAUUAUUGAAAGAUCACUGGCUAGCCACCUGCAAUGGAAACCCUGUAGAACUUCUCAAGUAUCGAGUUGAAACGUAUGAGUUGGUUGGGGAGUUAAUGCAGGUUCUUUUAAGAGCUGAUUUAGUGAAAGUGAGUGAUGGUGAAAGUAUCAGGGAGUACAUAUCAUCAGCCGGUGAUGAAACUGAAGGUGACUCAUCACAUGACAACCAAAGGAUCAAAUUAAUGGAACCUGAGGUUGCUCUUUAUUGGAGGAGUCUGUGCAGGCACCUACAGGUGGAAGCACAGGCAAAAGGUUCCGAAGCUGCUGCUACAUUGGGCACUGAAGCAGCAGUAUACGCUGCUGAAGCUUCAGACAAACAUGACCUUCUGGAAAGAAUUCUUCCUGUAACGGUUUCUGAUUAUGUAGAUUUGGUUAAAAUUCAUAUAGAUGCUGGACCAAAUUAUCGCUUUGCAUCUAGGCAGUUACUGUUGCUUGGAGAGAUGCUUGAUUUUUCUGAUUCCACAAUCAGGAAGGUUGCUAGUGCAUUUGUGCAAGACUUAUUGCACAGGCCCCUGGAAUAUGAAAUGGUUGAAGAUGGGAACAAGUUUGUCAUAGGAGAUGGCAUAAAUCUUGGUGGUGACAAAGACUGGGCCAAUGCAGUGUCCAGAUUGGCAAGGAAUGUCCAUGCUGCUGCUGGUGAAUUUGAAGAAGUUAUUUUUGAGGUUGUAAAAGAGCUUGCUCAGCCCUGCAGGGAGAGAACUGCUGACUUUAUGCAGUGGAUGCACUGCCUUGCUGUGACUGGUCUUCUCUUGGAAAACAUUAAGUCAUUUCAUUUGGUUCAAGGAAAGGCUACUGAAUUUGCUGAACUUCUGAAAUCUUUAUUGCUUCCAGGGGCAAAACAUGUUCACUUGGAUGUGCAGAGGGUUGCUGUCAGAUGCCUUGGCCUUUUUGGAAUAUUAGAGAAUAAGCCAAGUGAGGAACUAGUAAAGCAGUUGAGGCUCUCUUUUGCUAAGGCCCUCCCUACAAUUAGCAUAAUGGCCUGUAAGGCUUUAUUUGAUCUCGGGAUGUGGCAUGGUCUGCCGGAAGUUGACAAGGCCAUCGGGCAGGAUCUUUCAUUCCAACCUCAAGCUGAUAAGAUGACUUUUACUCCUAUAAACCUUUCAGAAACAGAUGGGGAUUUGAAUAUUGAAUUACUUGACCUCUUAUACUCCGGACUUGAGACAAGUGAUUGGGGAAAAUCUUUAGAAGGUGAUGAAACUGAGUCAAUUCAAGCUGUUCUUGGAGAGGGGUUUGCAAAAAUUCUUCUUCUCAGUGAGAAGUAUCCUAGUAUACCAGCUGCUUUACAUCAUUUGAUCUUAGCGAAGCUCAUCAACCUGUAUUUCAGCAAUGAAUCAAAAGAUCUGCAGAGGUUGAAACAGUGUCUAUCUAUUUUCUUUGAGCAUUAUGCUUCCCUCUCAGCAAAUCACAAGAAAUGUUUGUCUGAGGCUUUUGUGCCAGUCAUGCAUUCAAUGUGGCCAGGCAUCUAUGGAAAUGCAGGAGGUUCUUCAAUUGUGGUGUCUAAUAAGCGUAAGCGAGCAGUCCAAGCAUCAAAAUUCAUGCUGCAGAUGAUGCAGGCUCCCUUAUAUGCGAAAGAAAAAGAAGUGGAGGGUGAAAAUGGUAGUAGGGAAACGUCAGAGACCUUAGAUAGCAAGGAACCUUCACUGCAGUGUGGGGAGGAGGGGCUUGCAAUACGCAUAGCAUCAGAGGUCCUGAGCUUCCAUAUGAAAAAGACACCUGCUGAGCGGUCAUAUGUUUCAGCCCUGUGUAGAAUACUAGUCUUACUCCAUUUCCGGUUAUUAGAGCAAGGGGCAAUAAAGUUAAUGAGGAAGCUUUUGAGUCGUGUGUUUGAAUCUGUAUCAGCUGAAAAAGAUCUUGUAAAGGAGUUGAAGCAGAUGGCUGAACGUCUUAAGGGACUAGAGAGACAUCCAGAUGAGGAACUUUCACAAGAUGAAGCUAAUAAUAUUUUCGGGAGUUUAGGCAUAGACUUCAAUCUGGAUGCCAGUGCUCCUGCUGCAGUGCCACAAACCCCAGCUCCAUGCUCAACCAGACCAACCCGUUCAAGAAGACGAGUAAAGCGCGAACAGACUUCUUCUGAUGAAGAAGACUCUCAUGCUUCAAUUCAAUCCAUGGUUCCUAACAUUCCCGGAGCUACAAGCACCCGCUCACAGAGGGCAAGCAAGACUGCAGCAAUGACCAAGAUGACUGCCAAAACGGAUCGCAUCAGGAUAGAAGAAGAUGAUGAAGAGGAAAGCUCAGAGUCAGAGGUAACCUCCAACGACGAUUCUGAUCAGUUCUCCGAAUAACUGCAGUACGUACAAUCUGUUAAGCUGUAAUAUGUUGUUGUAUGGUCAUUCCUUGUAAUUAGAUAAUACUAAAUGUGAACAUGUAUGGAUAGGGUUGGGGAAAAUUCAUGUUAUCGGUUGAAUCAACCGAAAUUUAUUCAGUUUUUGUGCGUAUCAUAGUAGUUCACCUGUCAUUGUUAUCAUCUGUCUCUUUCUGUCAUUGUAGGUUGGGUUUUGUCUAU